UUACAUUUACACACACAGAAUCGAUGCGUCUGUGAAAAAUUUCACGCAGUUUCUGGGUUUCAGUGUGUGUGUGUAUUUUUUUGUUAUAAGAAGUUCAAAACUGCUCCUCAAAAUCCCAUAAAUUUCACCGGAUUACACUUUCCUUGGAUAUAUUUGAAGAGCUUCUGCCAAAUACUAGAAUUUCCUGAGCCUUCACGUGUCACAUGGAUUCAAGGGAAAAUAUGAUUCCAGCAGUAGAAACAAUAUCACCCGAGGCUCCAUCAAGCUAUCAAUUGGCGCCAAGAAACGAUAAUUCCAAUCUGCUGAUUACACCACCUGGUUUUUCACCGGUGAGUGGUGGAAUCCCGAGUUCAUUGGUGAAGAAAAAGAGGGGUAGACCAAGGAAAUACGGUCCAGAUGGGGUGGUGGCUGGUGGCGGCGGCACAUUGUCACCACUUCCCAUCUCCGCCUCUGCUCCGCCUGAUUCCGGUGGUGGGUAUUCUGAUGUAAAAUUUGGUGAAGGGGAAGGAAGUGGCGGAGGCAGCUUUGUGGUUGAGAAGAAGAAGAAAGUGAAAAUGAAUUCUUCCGAGGGCAAGUUAAAGAAUAGUUACGGGAGUAUGGAUUUAGGCGACAGGAUUUCAUCUGGUGGGAGUUUUACCCCUCACAUGGUCACUGUUAAUCCGGGCGAGGAUGUUACCUCUAAAAUAAUUUCGUUCACAAAAGACGGGCCCCGGUCAAUAUGCAUUUUAUCGGCGGUUGGUGUCAUUUCACAUGUGACUUUGCGCCAUGCCGAUUCAUCUUCAUCUGGAGGCACCGUAACAUAUGAGGGAAGAUUUGAAAUACUUUCAUUAUCCGGAUCUUUCACAAGUGGAGAGAUUGAAGGGCAAGAAAGUAAAAUGAGCAUAGCUUUAUGUAGCCCUGACGGCCGUGUGGUUGGGGGUCAACUUGGAGGACUUCUCACAGCCGCUGGUCCUGUUCAGGUGGUGGUGGCAAGUUUUCUACCAAACAUAGGCAGUCCAAUUGACCCAAAACCAAAAAAACAAAAGACGAUUGUUGCCCCUACCCAACCUCAUGCUAUCAACAUGGAACAAGAGAAAAAGUCGAAUGAAAUUGAACAUGCACAUGAGGCGGGAGGAAAUACCAAUUCUACCCCUACCCCUACACGUAAUUUCCAAUUUGAGAACCACACAACAGGAGCAAGUGUGCAUGACUGGAGAAGAGCUGCUACAGACAUGAAUGUGUCGUUGAGUGAAGAUUAAAUUAAUGUGUUAAUCAUCUUCAUUUAUCUUAUCAACUGAAUUAAUUAGUUGCGAAUUUUAGGAAAUUUAAGACUUAACUAGGAAUCUUAAUCUUAUUCUUAUGAGAUCAUAGGAAAUAUGUUGUAACUUGUAAUGUUGUUUGUUUGUUUGUUUCCAAGUUUGUUAAUAGUCAAAGGGUCUUCUCACA